UAUCAACAUUCUUCAUACAGCUCCAAGAUCUCUACCUAUUUCCUCUCAAUCUAUUCAACACAUUUCACUUAAUUACCAACCCACCAUUGCCAUUAGCAUAAACUCUAAUUUGCCUUCAAGUCAUUAGAUUUUCACUUGUUCAUCACCGGAAGAAAGCUGCUAGCUAGCGAUGGAGUCAGUGACAAAGAUGGUGUCCGAGAGGCCAGUGGUGGUCUUCAGCAAGAGCUCAUGUUGCAUGAGCCACUCAAUCAAGACCUUGCUUUGCGACUUUGGUGUGAACCCAGCAGUGUAUGAGCUUGAUGAGAUACACAGAGGGAGAGAAAUAGAGCAGGCUCUGUUGAGGCUUGGAUGCAACCCAUCGGUGCCAGCUGUGUUCAUUGGUGGCGAGUUUGUUGGAGGAGCAAACGAGAUCAUGAGUCUUCAUCUUAAGCGCACCCUAAUUCCCAUGCUAAAGCGCGCUGGUGCUUUAUGGGUUUGAUCAAUCUAAUCAAGUUAACCGAGUACCUGCAUGACAAGCACGCUAAUAAGAAUGUUAAUUGUGCACGAGAAAUAUACGAUAUAGAGUAUGUGAGAGUUCCUCUUCCAAUAAGGCUAACUAUAGCUACUUGAUUUGUACCAAGUAUGCUUAAUAGCUGUUUUGUAACCCAUAUAACACUUGGUGUUAUUUUCCCAGACACCUUGGAUGGUUAUUAAUAUAUAUUAGCGCUUUAUGAAAACUUA